AUGUCAUAUGAAUUUACUAAAAAAUAUGUAUGAAUAUCAUUUUUCCCUUAUUAGAUAAAAGGCAGUCUCCCUUAGUUGAAAGUGAAAGAGUAGAAGAUGUUCAUUAAAAAUUAUAAUUAAAUUCUCAAAGAUUAAAUUCCUUAUGAGGCUGAAUUGAAUUUAAAUAGUCUUCAAAAUUAUCAGGAGGCAUUUAAAUAAUUGUUUCUUUAAGCUGUUUGA